AUGGCGAAGAAAACGUCUUGGAAUCCGCUCGCCUUCGCGCCUACACAGGUGACCCUCAUCUCCUCCGCCAUCUACAUCGCCCUCUUCGCUGUCUUGCUGUGGAGCCAUUUCACGAUCCCAAGUGCACCUAGCGAUCCUACGCCGGUGCAGGGCGUUAACCUGACGCAGGCUUGGCUGGAUCUGGAUGUGGUUGGUGCGAGACUACAUCCUCAUGGAAGUCGUGCGAAUGACGAGGUGAGGGAGUAUUUGAUCGGGAGGAUCGAGGAGAUUCUGGAGGGCAGUGGUGUCGGGUACAGUGUUGUUGGGGAGGAAGGAGAAGAGACAGGUGCGCUUGGCAAGGGAAAGGGUGGGCAGGAGAAGGAUCGUGGGUCUAAAGAUCCUAGCUGGAACGAGGGACAUGCUACGCUGUGGAAAUAUGACCACGCCAAUGCGACCUUCGAGGAGUCCUGGAGAAAACAGCCGUGGACGAUAUAUACCGAGUCGAGCAACAUCGUCGUCUACAUUCGCGGCAAACAGGAUGGCGAAUGGGACUGGCGAUCCGAGAAGAAAUACUCCGGUCCCGGUGGCGUGUUAGUGAAUGCACACUACGACAGCGUCUCAACAGGCUAUGGCGCCACAGACGACGGGGUGGGAGUCAUCACAGUAUUACAACUCGUCUCGUACUUCACAACCCAAGGUCAACAACCCGAACACGGCGUCGUGGCCCUCUUGAACAACGGCGAGGAGAACGGGCUCUACGGCGCGCACGCCUACCUCAACCACCCCAUCGCUUCCUUCGCUCACACUUUCCUCAACCUCGAAGGCGCCGGUGCCGGAGGGAAAGCCACCCUAUUCCGUUCCACAGACGCCGAAGUGACAUCUUUCUACGCUCGUUCGCCCUCGCCCUAUGGCUCCAUCGUCAGUGGCGAUGGCUUCAAACAAGGGUUCAUUCGUAGCGGGACAGACUACUCUGUCUUCACCGAAGCUCUCGGGAUGAGAGGACUGGACGUCGCGUUCUUUGGGCCGAGAGCGAGGUAUCACACCGAUCAGGAUGCGGCGAGGGAGGUUAGCGUCGAUAGUCUGUUUCAUAUGCUUUCCGCUUCUCUUGAGACGAUGAAGGGCCUCACGAGGUAUGACGGGGAUGAGUUUGCGGGUGGGAUUACGAGAAGAGGCAAGAUUGAUCAAGGGAAGGGGUCUGUGGGCGUAUGGUUCGAUCUUUUCGGGCAGGCGUUCGCGGUCAUGCAAUUGACUACGCUUUUCGCGCUAUCGGUUACCUUGCUGGUGGUUGGACCAGUCCUGCUCAUUAUUCUGGAGGCUAUCCUGGCAAGAAACGAUAAGUGGUACCUCCUUAGUCGAAAGAAGUACCUGCGCUCAGCCGACGACGAUGAAGCUGUGCGGAUCAACGGCAUAAGAGGCUUCUUUCGCUUCCCUAUCGCCUUUAUUGCUGCGACAGCGGCUGUGGUGGCUUUGACAUUCCUGCAGACGAAGAUCAACCCCUACAUCGUCUAUUCCCACGAGUACGUGGUCUGGGCUGAACUCAUCACAAUCUGGUUCGCCGUAUCGUGGUUUAUACUCGCUGGAGGAGAUCGAGUACGACCGACUGCUUUGCAGAGGAUGUUCUGCCUAAUCUGGCUGUACGUCCUCUCAUGGAUCGCUCUUGUCGCCGCUACAGUGGGUGAGAACAAUUUCAAGCUCGGCUCGGGUUAUUUCAUCGUGAUCUACAACGCUGCUGUUUUCGUUGCGCUUCUCACAUCUUAUCUUGAGCUCUUUGGACUACCCACCAAGCAAAAGUAUGCUGAGCACGUGCUCGGCGUCACCUCGACAGACAACGACUCUAUACGACCUGGCAGUCGAUCGUCCCGAACUCUGCUCAGUCAAAGCCGUGAACGACCAGGUGCGUUAGACGGUGCUCGAGAAGAAGACGAUGCAACCGAGCGCACCUCUCUCCUGCGCGGCAAUAACAGCCGAAGCGGAGGCAAAACGCGACAAGCCGAAGAGGAGGGUCUAGAGGAGAGCGGAGAUCCUUUCUUAUCAAAGGCCUACGGAGACGAACAGGCAUGGUCUAGCUCUCUCCUACAAUGGACCUGGAUCAUCCAAUUUCUGAUCCUUGCACCUAUCAAUAUCAUCAUUGUUGGCCAAAUCGGACUCCUGGUCGUGGCGGGUAUACAUCAGACGCCCGCAGAUGGCAAUUCGGUCCUGAGCAUCUACUUGAUCAUGGCAGUCAUGACUAUACUACUUCUCUUGCCUUUGACGCCGUUUGUGCAUCGCUUCACGUACCAGGCCCCGACCCUGCUUUUUCUCGUAUUCGCAGGAUGUCUGGUCUACAACCUCAUCGCCGACCCCUUCACACGAGAUGCGAGGAUGAAGUUCUACUUCCAACAACAUCUCGAUCUGGACACAGGAGUCAAUAACGUCACGCUCAGAGGCCUUGAUGGAUAUAUCCAGGACAUCAUCUCCGACCUCCCAAGUGCUGCCGGAAGACCACUGAAAUGUAGUCAGCAUGAUAAGGACGAAUUGGUGACUUGUUCUUGGGCAGGUCUGGCGCCAAAGGUCAUUCCUGAGGUUGUCAAGGGCGUGGCACCGUACAAAAACAAGACGAGAUCUGGACCCGAGCCCUGGUUAGACUUCAAUGCGACGGUCACGUCGAGUGACACCGCCACCUUCUCCCUUCGCGGCAAAGAGACAAAACAAUGUAAGAUCCUCUUCAACCAACCCGUCUCAGCAGUCAGCAUACUCGGCACCUUGUCUUCCCAUGAGUCCUCUCGGUCCACAGUAGGUGAGAACGGAAGCUCGGAGGUCCGGCUCUUCAGUCGCGAUUGGGACAAAGUGUUCCGCGUAAAUGUGACGUGGGAAUCUGAGCACAAGGCCAAGGGACAGAGCGGAAAGGUGGUGUGUUUGUGGAGUGAGAGCGAGCAUGGAGAGAUCCCAGCUUUGGACGAGAUCAAGAGGUUUGAGCCUGUUUGGGCGGCAGUCACGAAGGCGGGGGAUGGGUUGGUUGAGGGGUCGAAGGAGUUCGAGCUGAGGUGA